AUGGAGACAUACGAGUUGCAGACUGUAACGUACGGCACUGCUAGCGCUCCUUUCCUUGCCACUCGGGUACUGAUCCAACUUGCCGACGACGAAGGUCAUCAUUUUCCUCUCGCAGCCAAGGCUCUUAAGAAGGAUGUCUACGUCAACGACCUCUUUUCCGGUGGAAACAACGCAGCAGAAGUAAUCGAACUCAGGAACCAGCUAGAUGCACUCCUAGCAAAGGGUGGAUUUCAAUUACGAAAGUGGGCUUCGAACGACGAAGUAGUACUCGAAGGAAUUCCACCGGAGAAUCGCGCACUAAAGACUUCCGUAGACCUCGAUCGAGAUCAGGUCAUCAAAACUCUCGGGCUGCAUUGGGAACCAGCCACAGAUUGCCUUCGGUACAAGGCCGCCCUACCAUCUGACACAGCAGAAAAGUCUAUCACCAAACGGAUUGCUCUUUCGCUGAUCGCUCGCCUCUACGACCCCCUCGGCCUAGUAGGCCUCCUCGUAACUGCUGCCAAAGUUUUUAUGCAGAACCUGUGGAUGCUGAAAAAUGACGAUGGAUCAUCGUGGAGCUGGGACAAGGAGUUACCGAUCGAGUAUCAAACCCGGUUUACCAACUACCAGAAACAGCUACCGAGACUCAACGAACUUCGCAUCGACCGCUGUAUCCUGCUACCCGAACCAGAAUCCAUCCGGAUCCACAUCUUUGCCGAUGCCUCGCAACUCGCCUACGGAGCCUGUGUUUAUGUCAGGUCAACUGACGCCUCUGGAAUGGUAAAAGUUGCUCUUCUCACUGCAAAAUCGAGAGUGGCGCCCCUCAAAAGGCAAUCGAUUCCACGACUCGAACUCUGUGGAGCACUUCUAGCAGCGCAACUCUUCGAGAAGGUGAAAUCGUCACUUCAGCUCACACAUUACGAUAAUUCAUAA